AUGGAACGUCUCAUCGCCACCGAACCAUGCUCCCUAACUGGAGUAGAUUCCGACAACAAACACCUUCCCAAGGUCAAUGAAAAGGUCAAACAAUUGAAGGUGGAUGACUUGACACAAACCGACAAAGACAACUUGAAGAGUCGUUUAAGUUUCGUUUGGAAGGAGUCCGACGAACAUUCCCUGAGACGGGGAACAUCGGUGACUACAUGGCGACAGAACCGAGCCCGUCGAACGUAUAGAGCUAUUCAAGAGGCUGACAACCAUUUAUUUCUCGCUGUUUUAUUGGCAAUACCACCAACUGAAUGUGGGAAAACACGUUUUGACAACACGACAGAGUAUUUGCUCAAGCUUGGAGAUUACAGAUCAUAUCAUAUGGAGCUGAGUCUCGCGACAAAGCGGUUUUUCGAGUCAACCGCUGCAGAACAAGGCUUGAAGAACGCCGACGUGAGCAAGAAUACGCCCCUUUUUGCGUGA